AUGAUGAUUUGCCUUCCAGAGCUCAACAUACGAGUCCAUCUACGAGCCCAUCACGCCACGCCCCUCCAGCCAGAUGUCGAACAAGUCGGGCUACAGCCUCUAUGGGCCCUACACGUCACCUAGGGCCCGUGGCUUGGCUCCACCCCCAAGCAACCAGCCACUUGUCAACCCGGACAAAGUGGGAAAGGAGGCCGAGGUUGAUGCCCUCACCAACCUCCUCGUGCAGUCCAUGGAUAGUACCAAUGACCCAGAGUUCUUUGGUGCGUAUGAAUCGUGCAUUUGUACUCGCUGUGGGGAGAAGGUUGUGGGAGAGGGCAGCGGAUGCACAGCAAUGGAACAGGUGUACCACAUCAAGUGCUUUGUCUGCAUAGUGUGUCACCUUCAGCUCCAGGGCAAGCCUUUUUAUGCUCUCGACUCUAAGCCUUAUUGCGAAGACUGCUACCUAAAUACUCUAGAGAAAUGCUGCGUGUGUACGAAGCCCAUUCUGGACCGCAUCUUACGAGCGACUGGGAAGCCGUACCACCCGCAGUGCUUUACAUGUGUUGUGUGUAACAAGUCCCUGGACGGCAUUCCAUUCACAGUAGAUGCCUCAAAUCAGAUCCACUGUAUAGAUGAUUUCCAUAAAAAGUUUGCUCCUCGCUGUACUGUGUGCCAUGAACCUAUUAUGCCAGAGCCAGGAAAGGACGAGACAGUUAGAGUUGUUGCUCUUGAUCGCUCAUUCCAUGUUAAUUGCUACAAGUGUGAGGACUGUGGUUUGGUGUUGUCCUCGGAGGCAGAGGGGAGGGGCUGCUACCCCCUCGACGGUCAUGUCCUGUGCAAGAGUUGCAACGCACGUCGGGUUCAAGCCAUCACUUCCAAGGUCACCACUGACCUGUAGGCAGAGGGGGAGGCCCCAUUGCACACUGAGCACCUUGUUUUUUACAGCACCAAGAGAGUGUCCUGAGGAUUGCCCUUGUUAGUCAAAGUUCAUGUUAUUUUUGAUGAUUAGGUUUGGCUUCUUUGUAGCCUUCCUUUUCUGUUACUCUUUUCUUUUAUUAGCACUUUUCUUUGACAUUUCUUUCUUUUUUCCUUCAUCUUAUGCUUAAUGACAUUACCCAUAUAUGUUUAUAAUGUGAAAAUAUAUAUAUAC